CCAACUCUCACCCAACAGCUGGAGCUCUGAGUCCCUGGGCACUGGUGUCGUCAUGAAGCGUCACUUCAUGGACCAUAGGGGAGAACAGUCACCAAUGGACGGGACCACCGUCAGCCUGGCCAGCCCAGGGUCCAUGAAGGAGAGCGUGGAAGCGCACUGGUCGUGGGCCUCUAAGAGAGAGGAGUCGUCUCCGCGGCCUGGCCUGGCCGUUACCCACGAGGAGGCCAUCUACUUCUCGGGCAAGGGUCGGGGCCUGCUGGGCUGGAGCAGCUCGCCAUCAUCUCGGCCCUCCUCCGAGUACCAGUCCUACUCCCAGUACCAGUCUUGCUCUUCCAGCACGUGUGGCGGCGAGGACGCUGCCCGGCAAAGCAUUUGCACCUUCUACACCCAUGUGAAGACCGUGCAGGGUGUGGCCGUGGCCUGGGAGACCGACUGUGGCUUUGAGCCGGUCAGUCGGCAGCCCUGCAUCCACGAAGCAGAGUUCAUCAAGAGGCAGCGGCAGAAAGGCUCCUCCUUUGAGAUGGCUUCCAACACCGACUUGCACUGGGAACUGGAAGACGGCAAGAACAACACCUGCCCAGAGCUGGACGACACGGAGCUGCUGGUGCCCUUGGAGUGCUGCCUGCAGGAGCUGCGGGUCACCCUGGACUGGCUGGUCACCACCAACCACGGGCUGCGGUGUGUGGCCUGCUGCCGGGUCUUCCCUACGCUGGGGGUGCUGCUGGAGCACACCCAGUAUGGCAUCCAAGAGGGCUUCAGCUGCCAGAUCUUUUACGAGGAGUUGCUGGAGAGAAGGUGGGCCCGGGGCCAAGUGCAGGAGCAAGAGCCAGAGGAGGAGGGACAGAGCACUUCGGACAGUAGUGAAAGUCCAUGUCAAGUUGCUUCCGUCACAGUCACGGUCAGAGAAGCAAUGAGCUGGAGGUGA